AUGGCUGCGACGGCAGAUGUCGAUGCUGUCCUCCAGGACUUGUGGCGAGAUUGGGCUGAUCCGCCCGAGGUGCGCUCCUUCCAGCAGAGCGGCCGUGGAUUGGUGUCUCCGCGCAAGAUGGCGGUUGGUGCGGAGGUCUUCCGAGACACUCCAUUGGUCGCUGUGGCCUAG